AUGCCUUCCACGUUCAGAGCCUCGCGCUCAGGGCGACACCUCGACGGUGCCCCAAACCGCACCCGAACUGGCCAAAUCGAUCACGAUGUCUUUGAAGGAUUACCAGUGCGUCGCUGGUCCCGACAGCAGCACACCUUCUCUCAAGCGCCCAAGCCUGAUGACUCAGAAUUCGGCGUUCAAGGCCCAGGCGGAGGACCAACCCUACCAGAGCUCCCCAUGCCAAGAGACAGCCAACUCUUGCCUCCAAUCAGUCGCGCACUCCUUCGAGCAGCCCGUGCCGGAUGUAUCCAUAUCCGCCAGGGCAGUCGAGCAGCCGAUGAUGAGGAGAAAAGCGUGGCCGAUGCGGAAGACUCGGGCUCGGGAUCUCAUACGGCUGAUCGGAGCUUCACAACUCGCAAAUGGAUGACGCUUCCCAAGCACCUUGAGCCUGCGGAGGUAGAGUUUCUAGCAAAGAGGCGCCCUGGUCUUUCAUCCCUUUAUGGCGCCACUGCUGGCACAGAUGGGUCGGCUUCUGGGCCCAUGAGGAGGACGAAAUUCCAAAAAGUUGAUCCCGAAACAGGUAACAUUUCUAUCUACGAGGCGUGGGUGCCAGAGGGUCAUCGCAUUGAAGGAGAGAUUACUGGCGACUUGCAGACGAUUGCCGAGCAGAGCCAAGUGCCCGUGAAGCCUGAGGCGCCUGCACCCGGAACAGUCGUCGAGGGGGUCGGCAUUGUCAAUGCCGAGGGUGUUGUUGUUGCGGAGGCUGGAUCAGCAGCUGUAAUGACACCUCCAAAGCGACGUCCGCCUCCACCUAAGCGAAAGGGCAAAGGCAUUGGAAAGGGCCGUAAGAAGAAGGUCAUGUUUGCCCCUGGGGAAGGGGCUGAUGCCGCAACAGUACACGGAGUUGGCCCUGCAAAUGGCAGUGGGGAUGGUAGCGUCAAGAGAGAAGGCCAGCAGGAUGCCUCGCAGAUGUCCAUUGACCAGGCUGGCCAAGACGAAGACGAUGAAGACGGCGACGAGGGCGAUGAGAGUGACGAUGAGUUUGUGGAUCAGCCUUCAGCCGAAACCCCCGCUGAGCAGUCAGUUGAUGUCGACAUGUCAGAUGCCGUUCCUGAGAACCAACCUCCUGCCCCCGAACAGGAGAAGGAAACCCAGCCCGAGAAGACCUCAGAGGUGGAUUUCGCCCCUGUGGCCGCCAAUGUUCCUUCAGAGAAUGCUGAGGUCACCGAUUCAAAUGACAAGACUCCCACCUCUCCCGCUGGACCUGCCGUAACGACAAGUGAACCCACCGAGCUUCCAGCUGCAGUUGGUGAAACCCAAAGCUCAGAUACCAAGGUGCAAGGAGAAGAGGAAGCCACAAAGCCCACGGCUGACCUUGCACCGAAGGAAGACCUUGGUCUCCCAAGCCAGCAAGAAAACAGGACCUCCCUGUCACCUGUCAGCCUCGAAAAAUCCCUAGAACCCACAGUAGUGCGUGAGCAUUUAGAACCCGAGCACACCGCAGAAUCGACCGAUGUCUUGGAAGAUACCCAACAGAUUUCAAGCGAGUCAGUUUCCCACCCUGACACACAAGAACAGACCUCGAUAGCUACCGAGCGCGAACAACCAAAUCCCUCUGAUGCUCCCGGGCCCAGUCUACACCCAGAAGAAGCAAAAGACGUCGAGAUGGGAGAUGCCCCGGUACCAGAGCAAAGCCAAGGGCUAGAUACCCAGUCUCCCGCGAAACCAGACUUGUCUCAAACACCACCAACUGCAGAGGAUCCACAGUCCCAGCCCACUGCCGAGGAGCCCACUACAGCUGCUCCCGCGGACUCCAGUCUACCAGAAAAAUCAUCUCCCACCGCAGAUGAAAAGACAGAAGCGGCAACCGAAACAAGUGUCCCUGAUCAAAGUGCCGCCGUUGAAGCAGAGCUGCCGGAAGAUUCUCGGUCUAGCGAACCAAAGGAGGACAAACUCGAGAAGCUCCCAGAUACGACCCCACAGACUGGUCCGUCUGAGUCUACAUGA